AUGAUAAGUUCUUUUAAAGGUUUUUUGGUACCUUUAAUAUUUUUACUCAUCUUCGCGGAUGCUGUAACAAUCUCUGACAACACUUAUUUAGGUGAUAUUUCUUUCUCUGUCCCCCUUACUAUUGAUAAGGGUUAUUUUUUGGCAUUGGUAAAUGGUAACUCUUAUAGUUUCAGCAAAGAUUUGCUCGUGAACGGUUCACUUUUCGUUGGUGAUAUAAACUCAUAUGGUAACGGAUUUAGCACUACAUUUGAUGGUUCAACUAUUACAAAUGACGGCUUGAUUGUCGUUGAUAGUAAAAAUCUUACAACUGGUUCAAUGACUGUAUCAUGGAGUGGUUCUGCAAUUACUAACAAUGGAAAAAUGUAUUUCAAUGGUUUGAAUAGCAGUUCUAACAGUUUCACGUUAAAUCCAAGUAUAUCCUUAACCAAUACUGGUUUGAUGUCUUUUGGUCAGGACUCUACUUCAGAUUAUAGUAGUGUUGUACACCUUAAGUCUGGAUCUUUUGUUAAUAUUGGUACUAUUUGUUUGAAGAAUGUUAAGGCAUCUUUGGAGAGUUCUAUAGCAGGUGACGGUUGCAUUACAAUAGGUGAAAAUUCUGUAUAUGCUAUACCAAUACAGUCAAGUUCUGGUACAGUCGGUCCACAAACUAUAUAUAUGACCUCUCCUUCCUCAAUGCUUUAUGUGGGCUCAUAUGGUAACACGGAUAAUAUCUUUGUUAGAGGUUUCGGUAAUGGUAAUUAUUUGACGUUUCGUACCGCAAUAGCAGGUUAUAAUUAUGAUCCAAAUACUGGUAUCUUAACAAUUAAUGUGGCCACUAUUCAUAAAAUUAAUAUUGGUACUGGUUACAACCCACGUGGAUUUUCAAUGAAAUCUAUAAAUAAUCACAUUGGUUUUAAUUUUAUCAAUAACGCAUUAGUCUACAAUGGAACUGCUCCAAAUGGUUUUCCUAGUGCUUGUAUGCCAUGUGAUUCCCCUCCUUGGAUACCUAUUAUAAAUUCUAUCUCAUCUAGCUCUUCUUCUUUUUCUUCUACAUAUUCAAGUAUCUCUUCUAGUUAUUCCACUAGUUCCAUACCAUCUACUGUAGGCUCUUCCAGCUUUAUUACUUCUUCAUCAUCAUCAAAACCAAAACAAAUCACCUCCUACAUCCCAGGCAUCAUAGGCUCUGCUUCUGCCCAAUCCACAAUCACCUCCUACACCACUGAUGCCAACGGCAGCAGCAGUGAAGUUGACAUUGUUGUUGUUGCCACUCCAGUUCAAAGUACUGUUACUGCCUACACUGCAGGCUCAGUAGGUGCAGCUUCUGCCCUUUCCUCCUACAUCUCCUACACCACCGACUCCAACGGCAGUACCAAGGCCAUUGGUGUUGUUGUUGUUGAGACUCCAGCUGUUAGUCAAAUCACCUCCUACAUCCCAGGCAUCAUAGGCUCUGCUUCUGCCCAAUCCACAAUCACCUCCUACACCACUGAUGCCAACGGCAGCAGCAGUGAAGUUGACAUUGUUGUUGUUGCCACUCCAGUUCAAAGUACUGUUACUGCCUACACUGCAGGCUCAGUAGGUGCAGCUUCUGCCCUUUCCUCCUACAUCUCCUACACCACCGACUCCAACGGCAGUACCAAGGCCAUUGGUGUUGUUGUUGUUGAGACUCCAGCUGUUAGUCAAAUCACCUCCUACAUCCCAGGCAUCAUAGGCUCUGCUUCUGCCCAAUCCACAAUCACCUCCUACACCACUGAUGCCAACGGCAGCAGCAGUGAAGUUGACAUUGUUGUUGUUGCCACUCCAGUUCAAAGUACUGUUACUGCCUACACUGCAGGCUCAGUAGGUGCAGCUUCUGCCCUUUCCUCCUACAUCUCCUACACCACCGACUCCAACGGCAGUACCAAGGCCAUUGGUGUUGUUGUUGUUGAGACUCCAGCUGUUAGUCAAAUCACCUCCUACAUCCCAGGCAUCAUAGGCUCUGCUUCUGCCCAAUCCACAAUCACCUCCUACACCACUGAUGCCAACGGCAGCAGCAGUGAAGUUGACAUUGUUGUUGUUGCCACUCCAGUUCAAAGUACUGUUACUGCCUACACUGCAGGCUCAGUAGGUGCAGCUUCUGCCCUUUCCUCCUACAUCUCCUACACCACCGACUCCAACGGCAGUACCAAGGCCAUUGGUGUUGUUGUUGUUGAGACUCCAGCUGUUAGUCAAAUCACCUCCUACAUCCCAGGCAUCAUAGGCUCUGCUUCUGCCCAAUCCACAAUCACCUCCUACACCACUGAUGCCAACGGCAGCAGCAGUGAAGUUGACAUUGUUGUUGUUGCCACUCCAGUUCAAAGUACUGUUACUGCCUACACUGCAGGCUCAGUAGGUGCAGCUUCUGCCCUUUCCUCCUACAUCUCCUACACCACCGACUCCAACGGCAGUACCAAGGCCAUUGGUGUUGUUGUUGUUGAGACUCCAGCUGUUAGUCAAAUCACCUCCUACAUCCCAGGCAUCAUAGGCUCUGCUUCUGCCCAAUCCACAAUCACCUCCUACACCACUGAUGCCAACGGCAGCAGCAGUGAAGUUGACAUUGUUGUUGUUGCCACUCCAGUUCAAAGUACUGUUACUGCCUACACUGCAGGCUCAGUAGGUGCAGCUUCUGCCCUUUCCUCCUACAUCUCCUACACCACCGACUCCAACGGCAGUACCAAGGCCAUUGGUGUUGUUGUUGUUGAGACUCCAGCUGUUAGUCAAAUCACCUCCUACAUCCCAGGCAUCAUAGGCUCUGCUUCUGCCCAAUCCACAAUCACCUCCUACACCACUGAUGCCAACGGCAGCAGCAGUGAAGUUGACAUUGUUGUUGUUGCCACUCCAGUUCAAAGUACUGUUACUGCCUACACUGCAGGCUCAGUAGGUGCAGCUUCUGCCCUUUCCUCCUACAUCUCCUACACCACCGACUCCAACGGCAGUACCAAGGCCAUUGGUGUUGUUGUUGUUGAGACUCCAGCUGUUAGUCAAAUCACCUCCUACAUCCCAGGCAUCAUAGGCUCUGCUUCUGCCCAAUCCACAAUCACCUCCUACACCACUGAUGCCAACGGCAGCAGCAGUGAAGUUGACAUUGUUGUUGUUGCCACUCCAGUUCAAAGUACUGUUACUGCCUACACUGCAGGCUCAGUAGGUGCAGCUUCUGCCCUUUCCUCCUACAUCUCCUACACCACCGACUCCAACGGCAGUACCAAGGCCAUUGGUGUUGUUGUUGUUGAGACUCCAGCUGUUAGUCAAAUCACCUCCUACAUCCCAGGCAUCAUAGGCUCUGCUUCUGCCCAAUCCACAAUCACCUCCUACACCACUGAUGCCAACGGCAGCAGCAGUGAAGUUGACAUUGUUGUUGUUGCCACUCCAGUUCAAAGUACUGUUACUGCCUACACUGCAGGCUCAGUAGGUGCAGCUUCUGCCCUUUCCUCCUACAUCUCCUACACCACCGACUCCAACGGCAGUACCAAGGCCAUUGGUGUUGUUGUCGUUGAGACUCCAAUAUAUGGAAACUCCACUAUUUAUGGUGGAGAAACUGGAUCUACUUUAACUGGUACUUUAGUUGUUUUGACUACAGUUGUUAAUGGAGUCACUAUGACCACAACUUAUUGUCCAGAACCAUCUGAAACUUCUAAAACAAGUAUGACUGCUAUCAUUGCCCAUAAUUCUAUUGAAUCUGUUUAUUCAAAGAACCAACAAGAAGAGACCAACUCAUUUUCUGCUGUGUUCCAUGCAACUUCAGUUACUUCUAUUGCUUUUACCACCACUGGCACAGUGUUUACCAACAAUGAAAAUCAAUCAACAUCUAGAAACUCCAGAGGAUCUGCCAUUGUUGUUGGAUCCACAAAGGGUAAUGCAGAUGUCGCUUCAGAAACUGGCGUUGUUACAGGUGCUGUAACUUCUGGAAGACCAGAAACAUCUCUAACUACAAAGAUGCCACAAGUUUCCCAAUUCGUUUCUGAGCAAUUCUCGUCAUCUCCAACUGUUAUGACAGCCUCUCAUGUAAGUGCACCUUCUCUUGCAUCAUAUAAGGGUAAGGGUAGCACUAUAUACAUGAAAUGGAGUGUUGCCCAUCUUGUUGGUCUAUUAUUAUUUAUGAUUAUUUAA